AUGGCACAAAGUUUCAAAGAGACACUAGAUGGAUGGAAUAUUCAGACAGGUGGUUGGCUUCGUCGAGUAGCGUAUGAUAGAACACCGAAGAGAAUCAGAACCUUUGCCACUUACGCGUUAUCAGCACUUUGGCACGGAAUUUCAGUCGGAUAUUAUAUGACGUUCUUUACUGGAGCUCUCAUGACCCUUGCUGGUGCAACGGUGAGUCCGAACAUUACUACGUUCCCUCCGUGUUAG